GUUAUUGGCAGGGAAUAGAAAAUAUUCUUAGGUCAGUAUAAAAACAAUAGAAGUCUGUAAUAAAUUGAAAACGAAUAUACUAAAUAAAAUAUUUAUAUAUGGAAGAGUGUUUACGGUUAAGAGCAGGGGGCGGGGUUUAGCGCAGGUAAGAGACUCGAAACGAGGAAGACCAAUAACUCAUCCUCGAAUCGCGCAGUUGAGCUUUGAAAUUCAGUCUAUUCUUCCAUACAGUCGUGCGCAAUGAAAUCGUUUCAGAAAGACGAGUUUAAGUUUAAAUUCGAAACUGAGUCGACAGUAAGGAGAAAAUCGAGCUCGUCUGAAUCUCAUCUGAAUUUUUGGGAGCGAAUGAAGAGCCCGACACUCGAGUUUCCCCCCGGAAUCCCACUGCAGGAUGGACUCUACAUGGACUCUAACUUUUAUUUCCAGCACAUGCUGAUUUCCCCCGACGUGGUUUGGAAACGACCAAAGGAGAUCUGCGAGUUUCCUCAGUUCAUCGUGGAUGGAGCCACACGAUUAGACAUCCUCCAAGGAUAUCUGAAUGACUGCUGGUUCUUGUCGGCGGUGGCGUCCCUCUCACUAUAUCCGUCUCUAAUGGAACGUGUUGUCCCACCGGGUCAAAGCUUUCAGCAGGGAUACAACGGCUGCUUCUUCUUUCAGUUUUGGCAGUAUGGCGAGUGGUGUAAGGUUCAAGUGGACGACCGAUUGCCCAUGCGUGACGGUCAGCUGAUGUUUCUGAAGUCUUCAAACAAAAACGAGUUCUGGAGCUCAUUGCUGGAAAAAGCUUAUGCCAAGCUGAAGGGUGGAUACACCGCUCUGAACAUGGGUUUUCCUCAUGAGGCGAUGGCGGACAUGACCGGUGGGAUUACAGAAGUCUUUAUAGUGGGGUCUCUGCCACGGGAUCUGGGCUCUUUCUUACGUCGCCUGCUGCAGAAAGGAGCUCUCAUCAACUGUGCCAACUCUCAGGGUGCUCUAGAGAAAAGCAAUGACUUUGGGAUUCUGUUCAGACAUGCCUAUUCUGUCACUGGUCUGGAGACGAUACAAACUAAAACUGUUCCUGUUGAGCUGGUGCGGGUUUUCAACCCGUGGGGUAAAACUGAGUGGGAGGGACCCUGGAGUGACAAAUCUGGGAUUGAGUGGUUUACGGUGAGCAAAGAAGAGCAGAACCGAGUGCAGAGAAUCAAUCUGGAUGAUGGGGAGUUUUGGAUGGCUCUGUCAGAUUUUCGGCACAACUUUGACAUCAUGGAGGUGUGUCACCUGAGCGAUGACACGUUGAGUGCAGGCAGUGCCAUCAACCGGCCUUGGCACUGCACAUCGUAUCAUGGAAAAUGGAUCCCUUUUCAAGAUCCGCCGCAUUACAAGCUCACGUUGCUAAAUGAGGACGAUGACCCCAGUGACCCCGAGCUAACAUGCUCUUUCCUGUUGGCGCUAAUGCAAAAACAGACUCGUAAGAGUGGACAGGUGCUGCCUGUUGCUUUGCUGAUAUACAAGGUGGGAUCUGAGGGUGAGCUUGUGUCCUCACGGGAUCUGUCUCACAUGAUACCUGUGAUCAAACACAGUGAUGAGCAGCGCCGGGAGGUUGUGUUGCGCGGUUGCCUGCCACCCGGUCAUUACAUUGUCAUUCCUGCCACGUCAGAGGCCAAUAGGAUGGGAGAAUUUCUCCUGAGAGUUCUGACGGAGAAAGGAAACCACACCGUGCCUAUUAAGAAGCCUUUAACAGACGUGAUCUCACCCUCGGAGCCAUUGUCUCCACGUCUGUCAGGACUCCCAUCGAUUACUGAAGCUAAAAAUCUCUUCAUGAAACACUGUACCAAGGGAUCUUUCUGUAGGCCGCUGGAUCUGUAUAACCUGCUGACAGAGGCCAUUGCGAAGGGAGUCUUCGCAGGCAGUGAGAAGAAAUUGAGUUUGGAGAUCUGCAAGAGCUUUGUGGUGCUCAUGGACAGCAAAGGAACGGGUCAUCUCGACUGGACGGAAUUCUUGGCAUUGUGGGAAAAACUCACCAAGUGGACGGGGAUUUUCAUGACAGUUGACAAAAACAAGAAUCACACGCUGGAGUACCAAGAAAUCCCACAGGCUCUGACAGCAGCAGGCAUAAAGGUGGAUGAUUUCAUUCUGCAGCUGAUCAGCCUGCGUUACACAGAGCCAGAUAUGACCGUCAGUUUCCCAGGAUUCCUCUUCCUGCUCCUCAAACUGGACUGCAUGAUCACCAAGUUUCGGUCCUUUGAUAUUGUGGGAGUGGGAAUGAUUACAAUCAACUGUCCACAGUUCUUGACAAUGACCAUGUACAACUGAAGUCAUACCAGCUACAUUCCGACCAGCUGUUGGAAACUACUGUACACAACAUCUUCAUCUGGUCAUGUUCCCGCCGAAGUUUCGGACUAUUAACCUUAGUUUACAUGUCAGGGUCUACAGUAAAUCACAUAGCAGAUGAAAGUGCAUAAUAAAUGUGCUUCACUGUAUCAUUUUACUAUGAAAAUGAGGGUCCUUAACAUUCAUUUCUGCACGUUGACACGAGUUUCUAUUUUUGUUUACAUUUUUUAAUUUCUGCAUGUUUAUCUUUUUUUUUUCCU